AUGUUCUUCGUCAAAACGAUGGCUUUCGCAGCCCUGGUUGCUGGCACCCUAUCUGCGCCUGCUGUCACCACGACCCAUACUGUUACCAGCGAGGCCACGGCCAAGUUGCCUCCGUCACAAACUCUUGCAAACGUCGGAGUUGCCACCGCACCUACGCCUGGCCACGCCAUCUGCGGCGCCCUUGGCACCGACUGUCCUCGUCCGGCCAUCACAACGGCCGGCAUGACGAUGGCUCCUCCCCCGCUGAUGACGAUCAGCCUGAUCAACAGGCAUGGGGAGGCUCUGAGCACGUACCACUCCAGCAACACCGGCGCUUCCCCCGCCGUCUCGGGUCCCACUACGGCCGGCACUCUUGCCGCCGGAGGCACUGCCGUCAACGCAUAUCCCACAGGUGUAGGUGGUUCCCUUCUAGUUUGCCGAGCACUGGAUAUAGAUAUUUACCGAGACAAGUUGUGGGCCGGUAACAUCCAGAUCGGACUUGCCCGAUUCUCCUUCGACCGGUUCCUUUCUGCGGUCGAAGCAAACUUCGUCGUCCCGAAGGACCAUGAGGGCAUCCACUUUACCGAUGCCGGGGCCGACAUCGAUGCCUCCUUUGCCGCGGGCUAUUCUGUCCCGCUCACCUGCAGCUGCGAUGGCGUCAAAGUCACGGGCUGCAACAAAGACCUCUUCAGCCUCUCCACAUGCCCCAACCUUGACGCCCCUGGGGCCUGCCGGAACCCCGUGGUACUCGACACGGAUAUGGCGGCUGCCGACUUUUUCAAGCCUUAUGCUGGCCAGGCGUACACCUACCCCAACGACCAAUGA